AUGGGUUACUUGUUGAAAGAAGCUUUGAAGACUCUUUGUGGGGUUAAUCAGUGGUCUUAUGCUGUUUUCUGGAAGAUUGGCUGCCAAAACCCCAAGCUUUUAAUAUGGGAAGAAUGUUACUACGAAACUGCAUCAUGUUCAGGGCUAUCAGAAGAUCCAAAUCCAGAGAACUCAUUUCAUGAUCAUAGUGCUUCUUGGGUUUCAUCUGAAACUUGUAAUUUACAGUCGAGUGUUCGAGCGGGGGAUAAGGUUCAUUUCCUUGUAAACAAGAUGAUGAUUGACAAUCAAGUUCAUGUUGUGGGAGAAGGUUUAGUUGGAAGAGUUGCAUUUACUGGAAACCAUCAGUGGGUCUUAGCUGAGAAUUAUUAUAGAGAAGCUCAGCCAUCAGAGGUUCGAAAGGAGCUGUGCCUACAAUUUGCAGCCGGUAUGAAGACGGUCGCAGUUAUUCCUGUUCUUCCUCACGGUGUUGUUCAAUUUGGUUCAUCCUUGAAUGUAAUGGAGAAUAUGGGAUUCGUGAACGACGUGACAUCACUAUUACUUCAACUCGGAUAUCUUAACGAACUACCUAAAGAACACACUCUGAAUACGUUCAGCCCGCCUUGCUCAUUUGAUAGCUUAAACUAUAUUUCAAACUCGGUCGAGCCUUCUAUGAUUGACAGCCAAACAUCUUAUUCCUUGACCCCGAGCCAAAAUGGACUCCAUCACCACUUGAAAAUUGCCCAGCCAAUGAAAUUAGACUUUUCUUCCUCAAUCCAGUCAAAAAAUGUAGUGGCAAAGGCUGAAGUUAUUCCCUCAAUACCAGAAAUGGGGUCUACUCUAAGCGUACCUUCAAAUAUGGAUAGUAACACUUCUGCUCUUUUGAUCCCCACACAAAGAACUAAUCUUGGACCAUUUUAUUAUUCUGAUGAUGGAAACGUUAAUUCAAAGGACACGUCUUUCAGUGAGCUUAAAAGUGUUAGCUUUUCUAAACCAGAGAAAAAUACAGACAUGAAGAUUCUGAAAAAUCAGUCGAGCGUGAUUAAGAAAGAGAUCAAGAACAAUGCAGAUAAGGCCCUUAAUAUUCCUCUGCCUCAAUAUAACGAGCUUAUAAAUGCGGGCAUCGAUGAAAAGCAGAAUUCAAGAGAUGACUUGUUUGACGUCUUGGGAGAUGAUUUUAAGAAUAAGCUGUUCAGUAAUUCUUGGAAUAACGAGUCGAGCAGUGAUUUUCCUACUAUUACUAAUACUAGUCGAGCAAAUUCAGAAAGUGGGAUUUUCUCCUCGACUAGUUCCGACCAUCUCUUAGAGGCCGUUGUUUCUAAAAUUCACCAUCCGGUAAAAUGGGGCCUUGAUGAUAGUGUUUCUUGUGCAACCACAUUCACCAACAUUAGUGGCUCAUCUGGACGGAGUUCUUGUUCGCUACCCUACGGCAGGUUCGGGAUUUCAGAUAGCAUGAAAGAAGAGCUGUUUGGCGUGCCAAAAUUUAUGGCCAAGGCAGGACCAACAGGUUCUGGCUCUUACUCGCAGGGGAGCUCGAUUUGCGGGUCGCAAUUAAGUUCGUGGAUCGGGAGUGAACAAAAGGGUAAACAAGCUAACAGCGUGUCCACUGGAUAUUCAAAAAAGACAGACGAUGGGGGUGGUAAAAUGGGUCGAAAGAGGCUGAAACCCGAUCGGCAGAUGAUCCAAGAUAGGGUAAAGGAGCUGAGGGAGAUUGUUCCCAAUGGGGCAAAGUGUAGCAUUGAUUCCCUACUUGAACGUACUAUCAAACAUAUGCUGUUUUUGCAAAGUGUGAUGAAGCACGCGGACAAGCUGAAGGAAACUGGAGAGUCUAAGAUUAUUAGCAAGAAUGGAGGUUUAGUUUUGAAAGACAACUUUGAAGGUGGAGCUACGUGGGCCUACGAAGUAUGCUCACAGUCGAUGGUCUGUCCUAUCAUAGUCGAGGAUCUUAAUCGGCCACGUCAGAUGCUUGUGGAGAUGCUCUGUGAAGAAAGAGGUUUGUUUCUUGAAAUAGCAGACAUGAUUAGAGGACUUGGGCUAACCAUUUUAAAGGGAGUAAUGGAGACUCGGAAAGACGAGAUCUGGGCAAGCUUUGCUGUCGAGGCCAAUAGAAAUGUCACAAGAAUGGAAAUAUUCAUCUCGCUAGUUGGUCUCUUGGAGCAAACAACGAAAACCGGCAACACUAGAGCUGAAAACCCUAUUGGCGCAACAGGCUGA